UCUUGAGUGACACUUUGGUGGCAGAGGCUGGUGCUACUCGCAGCCAGCAAGAUGGCUGUGAUGGAGGGACCGCUCAGCAAGUGGACCAAUGUCAUGAAGGGGUGGCAGUACCGCUGGUUUGUGCUCGACGACAGUGCUGGCCUCCUCUCUUAUUACACAUCUAAGGAAAAAAUGGUGCGUGGUGCCCGCAGAGGUUGUGUACGGCUUAAAGGAGCAGUAGUUGGCAUUGAUGAUGACGACGACUCCACAUUCACCAUUACAGUAGAUGCUAAGACUUUUCAUUUUCAGGCACAUGAUCCUGAUGAAAGAGAAAAAUGGAUACGAGGACUAGAGGACACAAUUGUAAGACACACACCAUCUAUACGGAGGUGGGAUCCAAGCAAACCAGCCCCGACAAUGGCAGACUUUGACAAGAAGCUAAUUGAGAGUGAUGUUUAUCUUCAGUUACUGAUUGAACAAACGAGUGUUCUUGAGAGACACAUGUUAGCCACAGAUGAUGAAGCAGACAGGCAGCGCUGCCAGGAAGUCGUCUCCAGUGUAAACAAUGUUCUAGAGUCCAUUAAACAUGCUAUAGUUUUAUUACAGAUAGCAAAAAACACUGCUUUUCCUGUUAAUGGUGUGUAUCAUCCUUGUAAUGCCAUCCCUGAAGGAACAUCUUCAUCAGCCUCAUCCAUUGGAGGAAAUGUUGGAGGAGGUGAGGGAGUGUGUGAUGGAGGAGGAGGAGGAGGGUUGGGAGUUAUGACUUCUUCUGCAGAGGAUGAAGGGGUACCACUCACAGUGUCACCGACGGUUCGCACUGGGAUUGAAGUAGGCCGUGAGUGUGCUGAGGCAGCUAAUGCACUUGUAGGAAUGCGACAGAGGAGUCCAGUACCCUGUCAGCUUGUCCCUCCAGAUAGUGUUGUUCCAGAGACCUCAUACUCCAGCUCAGAAGAUGAAGACUUCUUUGAUGCUGAUGACUUUACCGGUACCACUCCUUCGCAGAGCCCUAGUGGUCCGCGCUUGUUUGAAGUUGGAGUGGAGACCAUCGCAGGCGGCAGUGGCACCAGUGAUGUGGCCCCCAGCAGUGCCUCCAAUGACCCUGCCUCUCAGGUGCCUCUCCUCAACCUCCCUGCCUCUUCCACAUCAUCAGGUCAAUCUCUCAUGGCUUUCAUUAACAAUCAUAUAAACCAUUUCAGCAUAACAGAUCCUUCAAGUGGUGGCACACCCAGUAUUGGUGCUACACAGUCCCCGUCCAUACUUGCGCAUUCUUCAACCAUCCGCAAGGCAUCAGAGAGUGGUGCUUUGGCGCAGUCCAAUGACUCGUCAGAACCCUCCAUUGAUUAUGACUUGAUGUAUGAGGAGGAUGACGACCCAGAGCUUGGAUCUAUGGAAGGCCAUGGCUCCAUCAUACACCAUUUACUCUCACAGGUCAAAAUUGGGAUGGACUUGACUAAAGUUGUGCUUCCUACAUUCAUCCUUGAGAAAAGAUCCCUGUUGGAGAUGUACGCAGACUUCUUUGCUCACCCGGAUCUCUUCUGCAGCAUUGCGGAUAUGACAACCCCUCAGGACCGCAUGAUACAGGUGGUAAAGUGGUACGUUUCAGCCUUCCAUGCGGGACGCAAGAGUGAGGUAGCAAGAAAACCCUACAAUCCCAUUUUGGGGGAAGUCUUCAGGUGCUACUGGGACAUUCCUGGUGUUGACACAAAAGGGGUAGAUGUCCCAGAUGGCCCAAUACCCUGGGCGAAAAGUAAUCAGCUAUGCUUUGUUGCUGAGCAAGUUUCCCAUCAUCCUCCCAUAUCUGCUUUCUAUGCUGAGCACAAGGCCAAGAAGAUAUCCUUCUGUGGUCACAUCUGGACCAAGUCAAAAUUUCUAGGUCUUUCCAUUUGCGUGAACAACAUUGGUCAGGGAUGUGUAUCUCUGAUGGAUCAUGAUGAAGAGUACAUUCUAAACUUCCCUAGUGGAUAUGGCAGGUCCAUUUUGACAGUGCCGUGGGUUGAACUUGGCGGGACAUGCCAGAUUACUUGUAACAAGACCGGUUAUAAUGCUAAUAUAGAAUUCCUAACCAAGCCAUUCUAUGGUGGAAAAAAACACAAAAUAUAUGCAGAAGUCUUGAGCCCAGGUGAGAAGAAGCCAGUUCUUACUGUAGAAGGGGAGUGGAAUGGAGUAAUGUCAUCAAAGUUAAGGGAUGGUGAAAGCAAUAUAUUUGUGGAUACUCAAAGUAUGGGUACUGUGAAAAAGAAUGUUAAAUCUAUAGCCCAGCAGGCAGCAAACGAGUCAAGAUUCAUGUGGAAAGAUGUCACAGCAGGACUAAGGUUCAACCAAAUUGACCAAGCAACAGCUGCUAAAUGUUCCCUGGAACAAAAGCAACGUGAUGAAGCCAAGUAUCGCAAAGACAAUGGUAUUGAGUGGCAAACAAACCUGUUUGAUUUGGUCGGGGAUAACUGGAUCUACAAAAAGCCUCUGCUUAAGAGACUUAACCAAAAGAAUGAUUAAAGAGGUUGCUAAUCCCAAUCCUGGAAAUGCAUUUGCAUGUAAUUUCUUUUGCUAAAUAAUCAAGUGGAACAGUAAUGGAUUUAGUGCCAUUCUAAUGGGUCAUGUGUAACAUUUUUAAUACAUUUACUUUUAAGUUCUUUGUACAAUUCAAUAAUAUUAAUCCACCACAUAUGCAAUUUAUUGGGUAAAUCUGCCCUCCUUCCAUUGUUUUAUGAUAAAGUUUGUUUACUUGUAAAGUCAAUAUGAAAACUUACUGUUAUCUAUGCAACAAAAUGUACAGAAAUACAUAAAAACUGUGGAAACAUUUAGGCAACAUAGUGGUAAAGAUUUAUUAGUCACUCGAGCUAAACAUUAGCUUGGUUUAUGACUCCCUUGCAAAACACAAUUGAGCCUCACUGAAGUACAGGUUCAAAGAAAGUAUAGUACAGUAUAUUUAAAUAUUAUGCCAGAAAAUAAUUUAUCAAUUUGAUUUAUAAAUAAUGCUGAUGUAUGCACAAAUAAUUGUAAUGAUCAAAAUAGAGGAAAGAUACACUUGCAUUAAAGUAUAACAAAUAUAUAUAUACACACACAUGCAUAUAUAUUCAUGUGCACAGCCAUGUACACACGUGUAUGCGCACACAUGCAUAGCGUGAUGUAUACAUCCAUGUGCGCUCCCAUGCACACACGUCGAGACCUGAGAGUUCCUGUUUCUAUCAAUUUUGCUACUUGUGUAAGUCUGGGUUCUAGCACAACUUUAAUAAUUAAAAUAUUACU